GCAACUCGCUGAUGGCGCCCGUGGGCCGCUGGCAAAAGGGCCGCGACCUCACCUGGUAUGCAAAGGACCGGACGCAGCGAAAAGGACCGAGUCGCGAAGAGGAGCUGGCGGCUGUGCGGCAGGCGGAGCAUGAGGCGCUGCUGGCUGCGCUCGGCUACAGGGACGUGAAGAAACAGCCGACAGGCCUGAGCAAGGAGGACUUCGUGGAGAUCUGCAAGCGAGAAGGAGGCGACCACGAGGAAAAGGGCGUGGACCGGCUGCUGGGGCUGGGGAGCACCAGUGGCUCCGCAGGCCGCGUGGUGCUUUCCCGGGAAGAUAAGGAAGCUGCCAAGCUGGGGUUGUCAGUUUUCACGCACCACCGCGUGGAGAGCAGCGGUCUGAGGACCUCCCCAGUCUCUGCCAAGAGGAAGCCACGUACAGAGGACAAGGCAGAGUCAUGCUCUGAGAGCCACAAGAAAAGCAAGAAAGAGAAGAAAAAGAAAAAGAAGAAGAAACACAAGAAAGAGAAGAAAAAGAAAGACAAAGAACACAGGAGAGAGGCCAGUGCCUCCUCUUCACCCCCAGCUUCUGCUCGGCCUGGCCACAGCAGACAUGAUUCUGACUCCUCCCCCAGCUGCAAGAGGAGGAAGUGAAGCCACAGUGGGGAUAGUAGAAGGAAACUGUCUCACAAACGGCAUGACAGACUCUGAUGCUUGAAAUUUGUAAAGCUGGACAAUGGAGAAAAGAGCCUGGGUCAGCUCACUGGCCCACUGCGGGGUCUCAGCAUUAGACUCCUCACUGAGGCAGUGAGACUCACCUAUAAGGUCUCACCCUCAGUGAAGUCUCACUUGUUUGGGGUGAAACCA